GUUUUGUGGUUUUAUUUGUCUGAACACUGGAGCUGGAGUGUUGCUGCAUCAGCUUUAAAGUAAAACUGGAAUUUUCCACAAUUUUGCAGUUGUUAUAAUUAACCUGUUUCUGCUGUUUGUAACUGUGGUCUAUAGGCUCUGCUGUAGUGGACAAACAGACAACACUCUGCUGUUAGCCCAAGAUUGUUUAUGAGAUAAAGAGGCAUCACAUGCUCCUGAGGACACGCCCUGCACGCAGAUGGUUUAAAGUUACCAAGUUUUCUACCAAGCGUUAUUUCAACACACUGACCUGACAGACACAGCAGUGAAACCUCUUCCCCCAAGGAGAUGAUGCAGGGAACAUUGUUUGUAGCUCUGCUGGUUCUUGUGACCUCGGCCCACUGUGGCUCCCAGUUUUACCUGCCCAUCGACUGUGAGGACAUCUAUCGCCAUGAUAACACCAGUUCCAGUGGGGUGUACACCAUCUAUCCCGGAGGUCCUACCACACCCCUUCGUGUCUACUGUGACAUGGACACUGACGGAGGGAGAUGGACUGUGUUUCAGAGGAGGAUGGAUGGGACUGAAAACUUCUACAGACCCUGGAAGCACUACAAGAAUGGAUUUGGGAAUGUAGCUGGAGAAUAUUGGCUUGGCCUGGAAAACCUUUUCCUGCUGACUGCGAGGAAGAAGAAUGAGCUGAGGGUGGACAUGGAGGACUGGGAUAAGGGGCAGGCCUACGCCCACUACUCCUCCUUCUCAAUCGACCCUGAGGCUGUUGGCUAUAAGCUUAACCUGGGCAGCUUCACUGGAGGAACAGCAGGGGACUCUUUGACAGCUCACAACUCCAUGAAGUUCACCACCUUUGACAAAGACCAGGACAUAUGGGGAAAAAACUGCGCUCACAGUUAUCUUGGUGGAUUCUGGUAUAGCAAUUGCCAUUACGUUAACCUCAACGGCAUGUAUGCACCUCAUGGUGCCAUCGCAUUUGAAAACUCCCAUGUUAUUUGGUAUGCAUGGAAGGGCUGGAACUACUCCCUCAAGACUGUUGCCAUGAAAAUCAGAUCAGUCUCCAAGUGUUCAUGUGCACUGCCUGAUUAGCUAGACAUUAAUCAGAUUAUGGUAGUACUUCACACUCCUGGGGUAUGGAGCAGCAUCAUCUCCAGCACAUGUGCUCUUCCUGAAUUUCAAUAGCGCUAAUAUGUGUAAAAGUCAUUUUUUUUAAUGCAUGUAUCAUUUCAAAAAUAUAGUCACUAAGAAUAUUGUAGGUGAACUAUAUCUUGUCAAGUGCUCUGUGUUCACUGCUUUUGUUAAGUACAAUACUAAUAAACCCUUAA